AUGAAACACGCCGACAAAGAGUUAUCAAUCGCCUUCCGAUCUUCAUCACCACGAACCAAGACAUAUGGAAUUGGGUCGAGGACAAUCAGGCAAUAUCGCAGAGAAGGUUCGCCUAUUGUGUAUGUCGAUGAAACGUACUUGCACAGUAGCCACACAUCAUACUCCUGGGAUGACUCUUUAAACAAAACACUCUCCUCUCCUGUUGACAAAGGUCCACGAGCAAUUAUUGUACAUGGUGGUGGUAAGCAAGGUUUUGUGGAGAAAGCUUUGCUUAUGUUUAAGUCAGGCAGAAAAACAGGUGACCACCACCACGAGAUGAAUUCUGGAAACUUUGAGAAGUGGAUCCAGGAAAAAUUAAUUCCAAACUUGCCUCCAAGAACGGUGAUGGUAACUGACAAUGCAAGUUACCAUAAUAUUGAAGUAAACAGAGCGCCAACUUCAAAUACCAAAGUAGGUGAAAUGAAACAGUGGUUGGCAGAACGGAACAUUUCGUAUCCGGCUUCGGCACUGAAACCAGGCCUGUACGAAUUAAUAAAAAAACACAAGUCAGAUAAUAUAGAAUAUAGACUAGACGCUACUUGUGCUGCUGCUGGACACUCUGUGAUACGUCUCCCACCUUAUGAUCCAGACCUUAACCCUAGUGAGAUGGUGUGGGGCACCGUUAAAAAUUGGGUGGGCGAAAGGAACGUGACAUUUAAGUUGGACGAUACAAUGCGUCUAGCAGAGGAGAAAUUUAAUUCCAUUUCCGCCGAAGGCUGGGCAGCAUAUUGCAAUAAAGUGGAAAAUCGAGAGGACCAGUACUUCGCAUGGGAAAUGGAACUGAAGGCACAUCACAGAAGGGAAAGGAGAGUCCAGAAGAUCAGAGGUGCAGGACGCAGACCACAGUGA